GCCGCGGGCGCUGGUGCCAAGAUGUCGGCGGCGGCGGUGCCGGAGUUGAAGCGGAUCAGUCGGGUGGAAGCGAUGCGCCUGGGCCCCGGCUGGAGCCACUCGUGCCACGCUAUGCUGUACGCCGCGAACCCGGGUCAGCUCUUCGGCCGCAUCCCCAUGCGCUUCUCGGUGCUGAUGCAGAUGCGCUUCGACGGGCUGCUGGGCUUCCCCGGGGGCUUCGUGGACCGGCGCUUCUGGUCGCUGGAGGACGGACUGAACCGGGUGCUGGGCCUGGGCCUGGGCUGCCUCCGCCUCACGGAGGCUGACUACUUGAGCUCGCACCUGACCGAGGGCCCGCACCGCGUCGUGGCGCACCUGUACGCGCGGCAGCUGACGCUGGAGCAGCUGCACGCCGUGGAGAUCAGCGCGGUGCACUCGCGGGACCACGGCCUGGAGGUACUGGGACUCGUCCGUGUCCCUCUGUACACCCAGAAGGACCGAGUCGGGGGCUUUCCCAACUUCCUGAGCAACGCCUUCAUCAGCACAGCCAAGUACCAGCUCCUGUUCGCCCUCAAGGUGCUCAACAUGAUGCCGGAGGAGAAGCUGGCUGAGGCCCUGGCUGCCGCCACGGAGAAGCAGAAGAAAGCCCUGGAGAAGCUGCUCCCGUCUUCCUCCUGAGCACCCUCUGCGGGCACCCCCAGGAGACGGUCCAGCAGCACCGGCUGAGUGUGCAGUGACAGUGGAGCCGCCGGGUCAGGAGGGUCGCCACUGGCGGUCUCCUAGGUAUGAAAAGACUUCUCAGUGACGCUGAGGUUUCCGUGGUACCAGCCUGGCUGGUAAGGACAGCAGGUUCCUGCCCCAGCCUGGGCACCCGCCUUGGAGCCUUGGUGCAGCGCUGGCAAGUGUGGGCAGGAGCACUGGCUCUGUAAUAAAACACCUGA